GUAUAAUCAAUUACUUGCGAUGUGUCCAACUAGAGGAGAAGGCUGGAGUUCACCUGGAAUCAUCGAACCGUAAUCUCAUGUGAGCUGUAGAGAGAAAGUUAUUCAAUUUUUUAUCGUGUAAGGAUUGCUGAACAAAGGCCAAGAUAAAAACCAAGAUAAAGAUAAUACACAAGUUUCAUUGCCAUUAUAAGUCUGUAUAGACAGUUGUCAUGGAGUCAAACGAAAGAGUCAACUUUCUCAAAGCUGGUCCAAUCAGUGACGCAAAUGUGAACUUGCACACUCACGGUCAUCAACACGGGGACCACCACGAACACGGACACACUCAUGAGAUAAUGGAAAAUCCAGGAACGUUUUCGAGUCGGGACCAACCUUUAUAUCGUACUGACUGGAAGCAGAGAGCCUUUACAGUAGGAAUAGGUGGCCCAGUGGGGUCGGGAAAGACUGCCACGGUCCUUGCCAUAUGUAAACAUCUUAGAGAUAAACACAGUAUAUGUGUUGUUACUAAUGAUAUCUUUACAAGGGAAGACUGGGAAUUUUUAGUCAGAAAUAAAGCCUUACCUGAGGAAAGAAUGACAGCAGUAGAAACUGGUGGGUGUCCCCAUGCUGCCAUUAGAGAGGACUAUUCUUUGAAUAUGGAGGAAGUCAGGGAUCUCACAAGAAAGUUUGACCCGGAAGUAGUUAUAAUAGAAUCUGGGGGUGAUAAUUUGGCAGCGAAUUUUAGCAGAGAAUUAGCCGAUUAUAUUAUUUAUAUAAUCGAUGUAGCAGGGGGUGACAAGAUUCCUAGAAAAGGUGGCCCAGGCAUUACACAGAGUGAUUUGUUAGUGAUAAAUAAAACAGAUCUCGCAGAGGCCGUCGGAGCUGAUCUAAAAGUAAUGGAAAGGGAUGCAGCUAUGAUGAGACAAAGUGGUCCAACACUAUUUACUCAGGCUAAAAACAUGGUUGGAAUUCCAGAGAUAUGUGACCUUAUAAUGACAGCAUAUAAACAAAGUACCAAGAAAUCAACUUAAAUAAUUAUACGAUGUUACUUUAUACAUUUUAACGAAGUUGUUUAUGGGAAAAGUACAGAUAGUGUAAUUUUAGAAGACAGUUACAAUGAAAUUGACUGAGAGUAACCUUGACGUAAAACGGGGCUUAACAAAUAUUAAAUGUAGUAAUGUCAACAGCAUGGAAUGUAUUUCUCAUGAAGAUAACACCAGAAGCUAACGCUUUUCUUUAAGAAGAUUAAAGAAAAUGUAAAGGACUAUAUAAAGUGGUAUAUGACGUCUUCUUGAUCUAUAAAGGACAUUGCACUAUAAUAUUAUUAUUAUGUUAAUGUUGGCUUACAGUAUUAAUACACUGUUAUGUAGAUAUAAUUAAAUCUAUAUUUACUGAAA